CCUAGGCUGGGGGGCUUGCCUUCCAAGCGGCUCCUCUCAACUACACGAUACCUACCUCCUGGGGCUCUGAUGCCGAAGAACAGGAGUGGCCGCACGCUGGUAUCGAGGACUGCGCUCGACCGGCCGUUGGGAGGAGACAGCGCCCUUUCCCGACGAUUCUACUCCUCGACCAGCAUCCAUGAAGGCGAGCAACCGUCGACCGUGCCUAUCCCGAUUGAUGGAAAGACUGUCAACUUCUCUGCCGUGCUGCUACGAGACUCGUGCUCCUGCCCAUCAUGCGUGCACGAAUCAACAAACCAGAGACUCUUUUCCGUCGCCGACAUCCCUACCAACGUGAAAGCGCGAACGGUCGCCGUCGAUACUGCUUCCGAUUCUGUGAGCAUCAGCUGGGAUAACGAUGCGCACGGCUGGACAUCUGAGCAUACUACAAAGCUGGACAUUGAGAUGUUGCGGGGUUUCAGCCAGCCUGCGUCCUCGCCCACAUCGUGUCUCCCGUCGCAAGUUCUGUGGAGUCGAGAGCCUCGUAAGAGUCUUGACCUGCCUGACUAUGACUACAACACGUACAUGAAGGAUGAUGAGACGUUGUAUAAGCUGAUAAACCAGCUUCGUAUCGAUGGACUCGCCUUUGUCACCAAUGUUCCCGGCGUGGAAGAGUCCUUGGCAACCAUUGCCACCCGCAUCGGACCGAUCAAGGAUACCUUCUAUGGAUGUACAUGGGACGUGCGUACAGUUCCCCAGGCCAUUAAUGCCGCCUACACGUCGCAUGAUCUCGGCUUCCACACAGAUCUACUCUAUUUCCAGCAACCACCGCACAUCCAACUCCUCCACUGCGUCCAGUCUGCUUCUUCCGGGGGCGCCAGCGUUUUUGCCGAUGCCUACAAAGCGGCCGUCGACCUCUUCAAGACGGACAUGGAUGCUUUCAACACUCUGGCUACGGUCCCCGUCAACUAUCACUAUAACCACCCGGACGCGAAUGUGUACCGCACGACGAAGCCUGUCAUCGACCUGCGACCCAUGCGCAUCGGCGACAAGAUCUACACUCGCGUGCAGGAUUACCUUAGAGAUCUGAAUGACGAGUCAGAAGCUGCACUCGUCGAUUCCAUGGACAAGAUCAACUGGGGGCCCCCAUUCCUAGCCCCAUUCUCCAACCACGAAGCCGAAGGCGUCGUAACUCUCAACGACAAGGUCGAGCGCUGGCACGACGCCGCAGUAAAGUUCAAUGCUCUGCUGCAGAGACCCGAGUACCUAUUCGAGCGCAAGAUGAACCCUGGAGACUGCGUCUUGUUCGAUAAUACGCGAACGCUACACUCGCGACGGGCAUUUGAUAUGGCUGAUGUUGGGAAGCCGAGGUGGUUGAGGGGGACGUAUGUUGAUAAGGAUCCUUAUUUGAGCAAGUUGCGUGUCUUGCAGAACAAGUUUGGGCGGGAGGAGCAGUAG